UUUUGUAAACCGAACCGGGUCUAGACCGGUUGAAUCUUCAUUUUGCGAAAAGCAGGAAUUCGACAUGAACAUGGGAUGGAACAAAGCUUCAUCAACGAACAAAAUACUUUCUCGUAAUUUUUCUCUUUCCGUAUCCCCUUUCAAACCCUAACCCUAAAAUUCUUCAAUCAAUCUCAGAGAAACAAAUUGUGAGAGAAUAACUAAAUGGAAACUCACUUCAAUCACACUCUCUUCGAGAGGCGCCCCUUUCUCAAGUCCAAGGCUCCUGCAAUUAAAUGGGUCAAACAAUGGGUUCCCCAAGAUGUUGUGGCUACUGGUGGGAAGUGCAUGCUCUUAAGAUGGGUAACAGAGGACACUAUAAAGGCCUUGAAAGAGAAGGAGAAAGAACCUUUAGCUCCUGAGCCAGAACCCGAGCCAACUACUGAAGUACUUUUCCUUUGCAGCUACGAAGGCUGCGGAAAGACAUUUAUCGAUGCUGGUGCUUUGAGGAAGCAUUCUCACAUUCACGGAGAGAGGCAAUUUGUUUGCCAUUACGAGGGGUGUGGAAAGAAAUUUCUUGACAGCUCAAAGUUAAAAAGACAUUUCCUAAUUCAUACAGGGGAGAGGGAUUUCGUGUGUCCUCAUGAAGGCUGUGGUAAGGCCUUCUCCUUGGAUUUUAACCUGAGGUCUCACAUGAAGACACAUUCACAAGAGAACUAUCAUAUUUGCCCGUACCCGGAUUGUGGGAAAAGAUACGCUCAUGAAUACAAGCUAAAGAAUCAUAUUGCUUCUCAUCAUGAAAAGAGUACACCAACAAUGGAUGUGACGCCAAAGUAUACCACUCCUCCUUCAGAAAAACAAACAAAAACUGCUAAACCUUCUGGGGCAACAUACGGUUCAGCAUCCUCUGAUCGCCCAUAUGCAUGUCCUUAUGAAGGGUGUGAAAAAGCAUACAUUCAUGAGUAUAAGCUUAAACUGCAUUUGAAGAGGGAGCAUCCUGGCCACAUAAAUGAUGAAAAUGCAAUGCUUGCUCUGGCUAAUACUGCUGAAAAUGAAAUGGAUGAAGCAAGUGAUCAUGAUGCUUAUGGUGGGAAACGUUCCAACGGUAAAAGUCAGAAGCAAAGUAGGCCCAAGCCAAACUUGAAAAUGCCUCCUUCCAAAGUUGCGCAACGAAAAGGGUCCACUCAAACUCCUACUGCCACUUUUAAUAUGGUUAAAAAACCUUGGCCAGUGAAAGAUGAAACUUAUGAUGAAGACAGCGAAGAAACCGAGGAGGAUCGUGACAAUGUUGAAGAUGGUUGGAGAUAUGCUGCAAACAACGAAGAUGAUGAUGAGGAAACAGAAGAUGAAGACUGAUAUUUACUUGUGGCUUCUAUGAAUUCACUUCAUUGUUACACUCCUACAAUAUUAGAUUUUUCUCUCUCUUUCUAUUUGCUUCAAGAAAUGCAUUUUCAUUUUUUCUUGACAUAGUACAUUGGUUAGCGGAGGAAUGAAUAAUAAGGUAGGUAGGAUGAAUUUAUAUUAAUAAUAAUAAAAUGUGAACUAAUAUUUGUGUGAA